AUGAGAGAGGCUCGAGACGCCGAGGGGCCGCGCCGAUCCUUCUCCCUGCACCGCGUGUCCGAGCACGAUCGACUGGUGGGGGAGGGGAGGGACGUGCGGAUACUGCACGUCGUGCGGCACGCGCAGGGCACGCACAACGUCGAUCAAAAGUACCGCGACCCGCGGAACCACGACGCGAGGCUCACCGGGUUCGGGGAGCAGCAGUGCGAGGCCCUGUCGCGAACGCCCGCCGCGAUCGAGGCGCAGCGAUCGGCAUCGCUCGUGGUCACCUCCCCGCUCACACGCUGCGUCCAGACCGCCCUGCUGUCGUUCCCGGACAUCGCACGAAGGGAGGAGGUACCCUUCGUCGCUCUCGAGUGCAUUCGCGAGACGGUAAAUUUCGCCUGCGACGGUCGAAGGCGCCGGUCGGAGAUCGCGGCAGACUUCCCGCGGGUGAACUUCUCCGCCGACGACGGCGUCGGGGACGAGGACGAGCUGUGGGCGAGGUACGAGAACCUGUGCGGGCCCACGAGCGCGCACGACGGUCACAGGGAGAGCUGCGACCUGCCCUCGGUGGCGGACCGCGGCAGAGCGUUCUUCGCGUGGCUUCGACGUAGGCCCGAACGGGAGGCGAUCGUCAGCUCGCACAGCGCGUUCCUCCGGUGCGUGUUCAGCUGGGGCCAGGACGGCGGGGUGCGGGCGGCGCCCGAUCAGGCGCUGGGAGAAUCGGUGUGGGGGGAACUCGUCGACGUGAACGUCCCAGUGGUGGACUACCGCGGCGACGUCAAGUUGGAGUACGACUUGCGGAGGGAUUGGGAAAACUGCGAGAUGCGAACCUUCCUCGUGGCGUUCUGA